GUCGAGAAGAACGGAAGACUUCGCGGCUGCGGCGAAAAAAUCUCAAAAGUUUCGAUCUUUGGCAUUGUGGCUUCGAUCUGGGUGUUCGAUAGAUCUUGGCAAUGUCCUGGAGAUGGACUCUGAGGAGCUUGAGGAGCUCCAGAGCUCGAUUCCAUGGCCGCAGCCACGAGCUGUUCUUCUCCACCUCUCUUUGCAGCGCUCGAUCGAGUAGAAUUUCAGUUUCUCCUGAGAAUUCCACAAAGGUUGUCAGUUGCAAAGAAGGUCGCUGUUGGGGUGCCCGGGGUUUGCAUGAUGUUAGGUAUCAGCUUGAUCUUGAUAGAAGUUCGGAAGAGGAACAGAUGGACCCCUUUUCCUUGGUAGCUGAUGAAUUGUCACUAAUUGCUGAUAGAUUGCGAUCAAUGGUCAUUGCUGAGGUUCCCAAGUUGGCAUCAGCUGCUGAAUAUUUUUUCAAGAUGGGAGUGGAAGGGAAGAGAUUCCGUCCCACGGUCUUGCUGCAUAUGGCUUCAGCUUUGAACAUGCCAACACCAUGGUCAGCUGCGGAUAAUUUGUUUGGUAGCUUAUCAGGGGAUUUGCGUACAAGGCAGCAGUGUAUUGCAGAAAUAACAGAAAUGAUUCAUGUGGCAAGCCUUCUUCAUGAUGAUGUUUUGGAUGAUGCAGAUACACGGCGUGGUAUUGGCUCUUUGAACAUUGUAAUGGGGAACAAGCUUUCUGUUCUGGCGGGAGAUUUCUUACUUUCGAGAGCCUGCAUUGCACUUUCAUCCCUUGGAAAUACAGAGGUUGUAUCACUGAUGGCAACUGCGGUUGAACAUUUAGUGAAUGGCGAAACAAUGCAAAUGACAACUUCAGCUGAGAAACGUUGUAGCAUGGAGUACUACUUGCAAAAGACAUUCUACAAGACAGCUUCAUUGAUUUCAAACAGUUGCAAGUGUGUUGCCAUCCUAGCAGGGCAAACCGCAGAAGUUUCGAUGCUUGCUUACAACUAUGGUCAAAAUCUGGGACUAGCAUUUCAGUUGAUUGAUGAUGUUCUUGAUUUCACUGGGACAUCAAGUUCACUUGGAAAGGGCUCUUUGUCUGACAUUCGCCAUGGCAUUGUAACAGCACCCAUUUUAUUUGCAAUGGAAGAGUACCCUCAGUUGCGUAAAAUUGUCGAUCGAGGCCUAAAAGAACCUGCUGAUAUAGACAUUGCCCUGGACUACCUUGAAAAGAGUCAAGGAAUCAAGAGAACCAAAGAACUCGCUGCUGUACACGCGGAUCAUGCCAUUAAAGCAAUUGAUGCUUUUCCUGAAAGCGAUAAUGAAAAUGUUCAUAUUUCUCGAAAAGCUCUAGUGGAUCUUACUCAUCGGGUUCUUACUAGAACAAAGUGAAAUUCCGAUAAUUCUGCUGCCGGGCAUCUCUUCCAACAAGUUCGGCUUUUCAGUCAAGUCUGAAAAUGUAAGUUGAAUGUUAUUUAUAAAUCAGAAUCAUAUUUGCUUCCAGUGAAUCUUAUUCUCA